AUGUCCGCUCCAGGCACUUCGGAUUAUCCCACCCCCAAUAUACAAGGGCGAACUCAGUCAGAGACGCCCAAUGAGGGGGAUGAGGCUGAGCGGCAAGUGACGUCGGCUGGUCUCGAAUCAGCAACACAGGCAAAGAAUAAUGCGAACUCGACCGAGACCGAUGGUACUGAGAACGCUCAGUUGAAGGGGACACAAGAGGGAGGCGCAUUAGAAUUUCGAACUCAAGAGUCAUCGGAUAUUCCACCCGCCAUGGACACCCCGAACACUACGAAUGAGAAAAGCGCUGCUCCAUCGGAACAGAUGGGACAGCUUUCAAUAGUAACUGAUACAGCUGAACAGAAGUCUGUAUCAGAUACGAGUGCGACCCCGCCCCCUCCCCCGGAAAAGGAUGAGCCAUACCUUAGCCGUACCGGUACUGGUACUACUGAGUGGGCAGAGAAGGAGCUCCCAGAUGUCCCGAACGGUGAUGACCAGAAGGCGUACAGCGGCAAAGACCGUGCGAAAGAUGAUGAUUCUCAGCCGGAGAUUCAAAACAUCAUGGGACAAUUUGCGGAAACCACCGACGGCGGAACUCAAGAACAGGUUUUGUCCCCACGGAUGGAGCUGGCUGAGCAAUUUCUUGGGAGUCAGGGUCAUUUCCCACCAAGGAAAUCGAGCUUAGAUCAUGGUAUGGCUGGGCUGAACCCACAAGCCCCUAGGGCAGGGUCUGGAUCCUCAUCUUCGGAAAAACAACCUGCGCCAGUUCCCAGUAACAUCCAUCGGAACUCUGCGGCCGAAGAUUUCAAUUUGACUCGGCGUUCAUCGACUUCAACAGUCCUUCCGCCUCCUGAACCUGAGCCUGAGCAGCCAUUCGACUUCCACCGUUUUCUGGAACAAUUACGCCAUAGGACCGCCGACCCGGUUGCCAAAUUUCUACGCUCUUUCCUCCAUGAAUUUGGGAAACGACAAUGGAUGGUUCAUGAACAGGUCAAGAUCAUUAGUGACUUCCUAGCCUUCAUUACCAAUAAAAUGGCGGUCUGCGAGGUUUGGCGAGAUGUCUCCGAUAGUGAAUUUGAUAAUGCCAAGGAGGGUAUGGAGAAACUCGUCAUGAACCGACUUUACUCCCAGACAUUCUCGCCUAUUAUACCCGGUCCUCCAUCAAUUCCACGGAGCGCGAGUAGAAGUAAGCGUCGUGAAAUGGAACGGUUGCAUGGGCCUUGGCGGAAAGGCCAACAUCAAGAAGAUGUGGAGCGGGAUGAGGUAUUGGCACAAAAAAUGAGGAUUUACAGCUGGGUUCGAGAAGAGCACCUUGAUAUUGCGCCUGUGAACUCUUCAGGGCGACGAUUCCUGAAUCUUGCUCAACAGGAACUCAUGAAAAUCAACGGUUACCGAGCACCUCGAGACAAGGUCAUCUGCAUCCUCAAUUGCUGCAAGGUUAUCUUUGGUCUGUUGAGAAACGCAAAGAAGGCAGAUACUUCGGCGGAUUCGUUCGUGCCACUUUUGAUAUACGUCGUACUCCAGGCCAACCCAGAGCACCUCGUGUCCAACAUACAGUAUAUUCUGCGAUUCCGUAACCAGGAUAAGCUCGGAGGGGAGGCUGGUUAUUACCUAUCCUCUUUAUCUGGAGCCAUCCAGUUUAUCGAAACAUUAGACCGGACAAGUUUAACCGUGAGCGAUGAAGACUUUGAGCGAAACGUCGAAGCGGCCGUUUCCGCCAUCGCUGAACAGAACCGUGCAUCCGAAAUAUCGGACCCGGGAGCAUCCGCCCAAAGUGCAGGCCCAUCGCGAAAAUCUGCCGAUGUGCCACGCAAUCCCAGUCAAAGAGAAAGAGACCCCUCGCAAUCUAGGGAAGAAGAUAAUGCACCAGUAUCCGGGCUAUUGCGAACUAUCCAAAAGCCGUUGACUACCAUAGGGAGAAUUUUCUCGGAUGAACCCGACUCGCCGCAGGACACGGCGCCUCAGGCUGGGGCCUCACAACGGCUAACUCCUAAUGUAUACCAACCACCCCGCGGUAGUGGCGAAGAAUUACGGCGCUCAGGCGAAAGGUCUCCCUUACGUGCAACACAACCUUCGCCUUCGCGGAAACUCGAUGCUCAGGACGCCGCUGCCCGUCAGGCUAGCGCUGAGGAUGCGGAGGCCAGGCGGAUUCAACGUGCCGAGCAUAACAACGUAGUGGAAACGCUCUCGAAUAUGUUUCCUAAUCUAGACCGUGAUGUUAUUGACGAUGUGGUGAAAAUAAAAGAGGGAAGGUGA